GGCUCCGGCGAGACGCGCCCAGGAAAGGCCGGGGCGCCGCCAGUUCCUCCGGGCCGCCACCUCCCGCACUGCCAGGUCUCCAGUCACCCGCAGUGCCGGCGCUGGGCGCACAAGGCGCGCGGGGCAUGGGCGGCCUGGUGACCUAGUAUCCCACCACCAAAGGGCCUCGCGUCGUCCCACUCUCCACUCCCCAGCUCCCGCCAAGCCGAUCUCAGCACACCCAGAGCCGGCGGGCGGCCGGAGCGCCGGUGGCCAUGCACGGGGACGCCAUCUGCAGCGCCCUGCCCACCAUCCCCUACCACAAGCUCGCUGACUUGCGCUACCUGAGUCGCGGGGCCUCGGGCACCGUGUCGUCCGCCCGCCACGCCGACUGGCGCGUCCAGGUGGCCGUGAAGCACCUGCACAUCCACACGCCGCUGCUCGACAGUGAACGAAAUGAUGUCUUAAGAGAAGCUGAAAUACUACACAAAGCUAGAUUUAGUUAUAUUCUUCCAAUUUUAGGAAUUUGCAAUGAGCCAGAAUUUUUGGGAAUAGUUACUGAAUACAUGCCAAAUGGAUCACUAAAUGAACUCUUACACAGGAAAAUUGAAUAUCCUGAUGUGCCUUGGCCACUGAGAUUUCGCAUCCUGCAUGAAAUUGCACUUGGGGUAAAUUACCUACACAAUAUGAAUCCUCCUCUACUUCAUCAUGACUUGAAGACUCAGAAUAUCUUGUUAGAUAAUGAAUUUCAUGUUAAGAUUGCAGAUUUUGGGUUAUCAAAAUGGCGCAUGAUGUCUCUCUCGCAAUCUCGAAGUAGCAAAUCUGCACCAGAAGGAGGAACAAUUAUUUAUAUGCCACCUGAAAACUACGAGCCUGGACAAAAGUCCAGAGCCAGUGUGAAGCACGAUAUAUAUAGCUAUGCAAUUAUCACAUGGGAAGUGUUAUCCAGAAAACAACCUUUUGAAGACGUCACCAAUCCUUUGCAGAUCAUGUAUAGUGUGUCACAGGGCCAUCGCCCUGACACAGAGGAAGCAAGUUUACCACACGACAUCCCUCACCGAGCACUCAUGGUCUCUCUGAUCAAAAGUGGAUGGGCACAGAACCCAGACGAAAGACCUUCUUUCUUAAAAUGUUUAAUAGAACUUGAACCAGUGCUAAGAACAUUCGAGGAGGUAACUUUUCUGGAAGCUGUUAUUCAGCUAAAGAGAAAAAAGAGUGCUUCAAAUUUAUGUGAUAAGAAGAAAUUGGAGUUGUCUCUGAACAUACCUGUAAAUAAUGGUCCACAGGAGGAAUCGUGUGGCUCCCCUACAGUCCACAAGUGCGGUGGCUCUCCUGGAAAUUCGAGGUCCCUUUCUGCUCCUCCAGACAAAAGCUUUUUAUGUGUAGGCGAAGCUCAGAACUGUUCUUCCACAAAGCCGCAUCACUGUGCAGUGCAUCGCAGCUGGGACAGCACCAUUACUGCCUCUCAAAGGGCAACGUUCUGUGAUCAGAAGACCCUCCUAUGCCCUUCAUUAAUAAUAAACCCUCUCUUGUCUGUGGGCAGUUCAGAGCGCCUACAGCCUGGUGUAGCCCAGCAGUGGAUCUUGAGCAAACGGGAAGAUAUUGUGAGCCAAAUGACGGAAGCCUGCCUUAACCAGUCACUGGAUGCCUUACUAGCCAGGGACUUGAUCAUGAAGGAGGACUAUGAACUGAUUAGUACCAAACCCACAAGGACAUCAAAAGUUAGACAAUUACUGGAUACCACUGACAUACAAGGAGAAGAAGUUGCCAAAAUUAUAGUUCAGAAGUUGAAAGACAACAAACAAAUGGGUCUUCAGCCUUACCCAGAAGUACUUGCAGUUUCUAAGUCACCAUCUUCAAACUUCCUUCAAAAUAAAAGCUUAUAAGUGAGUCUUUUUUGAGGAAGCUUUAUAGAUGGUUAUUUAUAUGUCUGUUACCUUCAAAAUGUUUUUUACAAAAGAAUGUAUUAGAUUUACUGAAGUUUUGGGGUGGUUGGAGAUUAAUGAAUCUCCUCCCAUAGCAUUGCAAUAUUUUUUUAAAUAAUGGAAGUAAAAAGUUUGUGUUUUGAUAUAUA